AGGGAGGCGGAGCGGCCUGGCGUCGAGGACCGGGCGGCGGUGGCGGCGGCGGCGGCUGAGGCGACGGGCUCGCUCGUGAGGGACAAGAAUGAGUUAUGCAGAAAAACCCGAUGAAAUCACGAAAGACGAGUGGAUGGAAAAGCUCAAUAAUUUACACAUCCAGAGAGCUGACAUGAACCGCCUGAUCAUGAACUAUCUUGUUACAGAGGGCUUCAAAGAAGCAGCUGAGAAGUUUCGGAUGGAGUCUGGGAUUGAGCCCAGUGUUGAUCUGGAGACCCUGGAUGAAAGAAUAAAAAUUCGAGAAAUGAUCCUCAAAGGUCAGAUUCAGGAAGCUAUUGCGCUCAUCAACAGCCUUCAUCCGGAACUGUUGGACACAAACCGGUAUCUUUACUUCCAUUUGCAGCAACAGCAUUUAAUCGAGUUGAUCCGGCAGCGGGAGACAGAAGCCGCCCUUGAGUUUGCCCAGACGCAGCUAGCAGAACAAGGAGAGGAGAGCAGGGAAUGCCUGACGGAGAUGGAACGCACUCUGGCCCUGCUUGCCUUUGAUAACCCCGAGGAGUCACCUUUUGGAGAUUUGCUCAACAUGAUGCAGAGGCAGAAAGUAUGGAGCGAGGUGAACCAGGCCGUUCUAGACUAUGAAAAUCGCGAAUCGACACCCAAGCUGGCAAAAUUGCUGAAGCUACUACUGUGGGCUCAGAAUGAGCUGGACCAGAAGAAAGUAAAAUAUCCCAAAAUGACAGACCUCAGCAAGGGGACAAUUGAGGAACCCAAGUAAAAAAUGUGUGCAGGUGGACACUAACCCCUCGGAACUGCACAUUUAUAUACAUUUUUAAUCAGUCUGUGACUGAAAUAUUUUUACUACAGUUCAGGACUUUGCAAUUUGGUUGUGUGUGGGGUUUUUUUGUUUUGUUUUCUGUUUUGUUUCUUAGCAAGCAUACUCAAAGGGAGACGGGUCCCUUUUUAAAUGCAGCAAAUGAGCAUUGAAAAGCAUUGUGUCGCUUUGACCAUCUGACUUAGGCUAUGCACUGUCAUACAUUCUUAGCGGAAACAGAACAUGGCUCUCUCUCUCUUUUUUAAUAUAUAUAUAUAUACUGUGCUCAAGGGUUGUAAUGGCUGGCUACCAAGCACACUUUGGUGGCCGGCGAGUUAAUGUUGAAGCUCUAGGCAACUCUCCAGUUAAAUUUAACCUUGUCUUUCACUUGAACGAUGACUCUUUCUCUGUGUUAAUUUAUAGCCAAACGAGCAUUCCCUAUUUAAAGACUAGCAGUUGGUCGAGUGAUCAUUUUGUAAAUCUCACAGCGACGUUUUUUUUCUGCAUAGGAUGUAGCGUAGAAAGCUUGUAUGCUGUAAUUGAAAGUAACUUCCCCUUUGCUUUUCACACCUUGGUGACUUAUUUAUAUGGGGCUGA